AAUGGCAAGUUGAGGUCAUAGAAAAGAGAGAUCCUGAAUGUUCCAUUGCUUUGAAGGCCAACAUGUGCGAGCUGGUGGCUGCACGUGUAUAGAGGGUCUUCCCACCAAUUUCUCCUCAGGAGCUAUCUUCCCCCUGAGAUCAUGACCAAAGAUGGUCCUUUCGUCAAAAAUGGCGAGGGGCCUGUGCCUGAGGCCUCGCCCGGCCCUUCUUCUCGCAGAGGAGGUAAUGGAGCGGGAGGUGGCUGCCCUCCGCCGCCUCCCCCGCCUCGGCCUUCACCCUCGGCCCCUUUCCACGAAGACCACCGCCGGGAGCUGGAGGCGUUGAGGACAGAGCUCGAAGCCGAGCGUCUCCGUUCCCAGGAGGCCCGGCGCCGCUUCGCCUUGGAGGCCAGGGAGCUGCGUGAGGCGGCAGAAAAGGAGCGGCAGCUGCUGGUUGACCAACUCCGCUCCAAGUGGGAGCAGCAACGGGCCCGCGAGCUUCACCAACUCAAGGAGGUUGGGCUGCGGGAGCGCGAGGCCGAGAUCAGGCAGCUGCUCCGCUGGAAGGAAGCCGAGCUACGCCAGGCCCAGGAGCUGCUGCAACGGGAGCGUGACGCUGCUAUGCGUCAAGCCCGGGACCUCCAACGCCAGCUGGCUGAGGAGCUGGUGGGCCGAUGCAAAGGACAAGGACAAGGCCUGAGCGGAGAAGGCCGUGCUAAGCUCCAGGAAGUUCUGGGCAAGCUCCGCUGGGAGGUCGACGGUGAACAGGCCGCCCGCAUCCGCCACCUCAAGGCCGAGCUGGAGCUGGAGCGGAGCCUGUUCCUCAAAUACAUCCUGCAGCGCUUCGAGGGGGAGCAGCCCACCCUGGGCUUCUCGCCGAGGGGCCCCAAGAGCGGGCCUCACUCCCUGAGCAGCCUCAUGGCCGCCUGCCGAGCCUCCAGGUCUCAUUCCUUGGAAGGCGGCCUGAACCACAGCUGCGAGUCUCCCAAAAAGCAAGGACGGAGCUGCUGUGCAUGGAGCAAGAGCCACAGCUCCCGGGAGCAGCAACAGCAGGCACCUGAAAAUGCUUUGGGAAAGCCGACGACCGUGGAGGACAAGAGCCACUUUCCAGAGGAACAACAGACACUGAAAAAUAUUUUGGGAAAGGAAGUGCCCAUGGAGGUGCCCAUGGUGAUGCCCAUGGAGGAGCCCAUGGAGGUGCCCAUGGAGAUGCCCAUGGAGAAGCCCAUGGAGAAGCCCAUGGAACAAGAGAUACCCAAACAUAUUUUGGAAAAGGAGACGUCCAUGGAGACCAACAACCGCAGCUCCCAGGAACAACAGAAGACGCCUCACAUUACUUUGGGAGAAGAGAUGUCCAUGGAGAAUGGAGUCAAUAAAGGGGAGGGUGAGGAUGUGCCUCUUGAAGAGAAAGAAGCCAGUGAAGAAACUGGAGGACAGGAGCAACCUCAAGACCAGCAGGCGCAAGAAGUGCUGUCUGGAAGUGGUUAUGACCAGCUGGUGAAGCAGAACGCAGAGUUUUUGAAAGCGCUGGUGGUUCUGGAGCAAAGAUGCACUCACCUCAAGAACGAAAACACCUUACUGAGGAAGAGCAGCUUCCCAGAAAUGCAGGACAAAGUGAAGCGGCUAAAGAAGAAGAAUGUGGAGCUGGCAAGCAUUGCCAAGAGGCUGGAGGAAGGAGCCAAGCGGCUCCAAGAAUCCAGCCUCAAAUUUGGCAGCAGCUCCAUCCCAGUGGCCAUGAGUCGCUCGGAUAUGGAACUGUACAAGACAUCGUUUGCUCGGCAAAGGGCCAAAGACUUGAGCGAACAAACCAGUGUCAUCCUGGCUAAAGAUCAACAGUUAGAAGCCUUACGGAGGGAAUGCUGGGAGCUUCAUUCCAAGCGAUCUGCAGGCAAAGAGAGCCAGUAUAUGCUGAGUAUCUGCGAUUUUGAGCGCUUGCUGCGGGAAUCUCAGAAAGAAGUUCUGCGAUUACAGCGACAGAUUAUGCUUAAGAACCUGAGGGACUCUCUUGAGCACUCUAAAAUGAAUUCAGAUUCUAUAUCUUCAUCUGUUAGCACACAGGAAACCUCACUAGAUACACUUUUAGAGAAGACGUCUUUGCCAAAGGAGACACAAAAUAUAUUGGUAAAUAAUGUAGAAUCAGAAUCGCUGCCAGCGGGAAAUGGCAUCGAGAACAAAGGCAACAGCCUUUUAAAAACAGACCCAGAUACCGAAUAUCGCCUUCAAGUAUUAACAGAAGAGCUUUCUAGUAAAAGCAAAGAGUGUGAAAUCCUCGGACGUGAAAUGGAGGAGAAGCAAAAGAGAUGUGAUGAUCUGGAAACACAGCUCAAAGAAGUACUAGACGAAAAUGCAAGGAUUACUGAGGAAAAUUCCCAUCUCGAAAAGAAGAGUGAAAUGGCACAGAAAAUGGAAAAUGAAAACACGGAGAUCAAUGCGAAACUAAUGCAGGCAACUGAUGCUCGUAAUUCUGCUGUUCAGUUGACCAAGGGACUUGAGAGCAAAGUGGAGAAUUUGGAACAAAUCAUUAGAAAUUUAAAAGAAAUCGUGGAAAGAAGGCAACAGCUAGUCUCCGAACACGAGCAAACCCUGCUAGUGCUGCAGACAAAAGAUGAAGAAAUACAACAGCUCCAACAAAUCCAGGCAAAAACGAAAAAAGAAAAUGAAGAAACGGUAGAACAGCUUAAAGCUCGAGUGAAAGAAUUAGAAAACCAACGUCACAGCCAAACCGAAUGCUUUCACCGUCUGUCCCGAGCACAUGGGCAAUUACAAAAGAAGAAAUCUGAAAUCUUAGAACUGGAGUCAUCACGUGCAAGCUACACUUCCGAAUCAAUAACCUAUCCCCCAAAAGGGAAUGAAGACAAUUUUCACAUCAGUGGAAAAAGUGAAAAUUGUGAUAAAAGCCCUCCAGUUGCUUUGCUGCAAAACGCCAAAGUGUUUGAAACUUACUCAAGUGCAUCUAAAUCAGAUUCCAUACAAAAUAGCUCCCGGUCUCGUUCGAAUCCAAAAGAAGACACAACAGAUGAAAUACAAGAACCAGAAACUGAUAAAAUAUCCAUGAAUCUUGAGUUAGAAAAUCGAGAUCCUACAAAACUUCGUGUCUUUCUAGCACGCUACAGCUACGACCCUUUUGACGGCCCAAAUAAAAAUCCGGAGACGGAGCUUCCGCUUACAGCCGGAGAAUAUGUUUACAUCUGUGGGGAAAUGGACGAAGAUGGCUUCUAUGAAGGGGAACUGAUGGAUGGCAGGAGAGGGAUGAUUCCCUCCAAUCUGGUCGAGGAAGUUUCGGGUAACGAUCUAAUAAGUUUCCAUCCUUUGGAGGCAUCCUAUCAUUGUUACCAUGAAAUAGGCUGCCCGUACCGAAAUGCCAGCAGCGAGGAAGGGAAUGACAACACUGAGGAAGAUCUGUGCAUUAAUCUCUUGUCUAACGAAUUCAGAGGGGAAAUGUGCGAUGACCAGGCAGUCGUGCCUUAUCCCCGGAAUCUGACUCUUAUCAGGAAGUUUGAUACAUCUGUCAUUAUUGGCUGGGAUCCACCACAGGCACCAAAUAACCGCGGAGAGGUACAUAGCUAUAAUAUUUAUGUCAAUGCCGAUUUAUGUUGUAAUGUCAAGCACCGCAGGCAGAUGAAAGCCAUGAUUGAAAACCUGGCUCUGAAGUUCCAUUCCUAUCGGAUAUCAGUACAGAGUGUGACCGACAAAGGACUUUCUGAUAAGCUGCAAUGUACUUUCCUCGUAGGACACGGUUUCCGUAUUGCACCCACCCUCUUGGAGCUUCGGAGUGUCACGGCAACGUCAGCAGAAAUCACUUGGUUGCCAAGCAGCAGCAACUAUACCCAUACCGUUUAUCUCAAUGAGAAAGAAUAUGAUGUCACAGAAACGGGGGUCUAUUGGUACACUUUCCGGAACCUGAAACCUAACAGCCAGUACCAUGUCAAAGUGGAAGCUCGGGCUCAUUUUGAAGAGCUGGAACAGAAAUCAAGAGAAAUGACAUUUACUACCUUAUUAGUAGGACUGCCAAAUCCUCCCCUCGAUGUCCAGGUUCAUCCAGGUUCUUCUGCAGAGUUUCUGAAUAUUAACUGGUUGCCAGUAACAAUCGAUGCAGCAGGAUCAUCCAAUGGAGUGAAGGUCACUGGCUAUGCUGUUUAUAUAAAUGGGUGGAAGGUAACAGAAGUCAUGUCACCGACAGCUGGAAGCGUCUCGUUAGAAACAACUCAGCUACCUAUGUUUCACGGACCCUGUAUGGUGUUUGUAAAAACCUUGUCCCCAUAUGGAGAAUCUGUGGGGUCUGUGCCAGCGUUAAUCCCAGCCGCUCUGUUGGACUCCACUCAUUCUUCGUUGCCAAUCCCUGUUGCUGAGCAUGACGAUGGGCACAUUGCUACGGCAAGCAAUGCAUCUCUGCCUUUUCACUCCCACCUGUCUACGUCCAACGAGGAUAACAAUUUCACCAUUCACUUUACUUCAAGUUGCAAAGAGUCGGACCCUUCCACGCCAGUGGACGUUUCUCAGAAUCAGGAGUCCUUGUCAACCUGGGCAACUCUUCAAAACGAAGAUAACGUGUUUUCCAAUCUGUCUUCCUCUGUUUGGAAGCAGUCUUCCGAGUGUGUUUUUCCAGCGUCAAGGUGGGACAAAUCAGCCCAUUACGCCCAAGCGGAAUCACAAGACUCUCAAAAGAAAAGGUCAAAAAAGUAUUUACUGAGUAAAAAAACUCCCACACUUAAAAGCCAACCAGGCAGCAAAAAGGGCAGUGUUCAUCCAGUGAAUAUUUCAAAAGAUUCAUUUUCUCAACGCUACGUCGAGAAUUCUGGCAAAUGUUUUUGGACCCCCAAGUCCAGUGUUCCUUCAGUAGAGUUUCUACCCCAAAAAGGUGGUUCGAGACGCACGGGACCAAGCAAUAUCUGUCCCGAGGAAGAACCUGAUCGCUUGUUGGAGAGGAAACACAGUAAACAGAUAAAGCAGUUGUGCAAAGCGUUCUCUAACACGAAGGAGGCUACAGCUGAAACAGAGCAAAUAUCAAGACCUGGAAGUUGGCGGUCUCCUCGUGGUCACCACAAUAAUAAUUCUGAUUCCUCGGAAGAGGAAGAGUAUAAAAUACAUUUCACUUGCUCAAAAGCUGCUGGGAUGCAGGGGAGGCCCAUGUCUCCUGGAGAAGCGGCAGAAAACGAAAUGAUAACCCGCCAAACCGUUCCCUCGCUGCCUAAUUCAAGCCCUCAAGGGAACUUAAUGUCAGGAAGUACGCUUAAGGAUGACUCAGAAAGAUUAUUUGUAGCCCUUGUUGACUAUGAUCCUCUAACAAUGUCUCCUAACUCCGAGGCUGCUGGAGAGGAAUUAUCCUUUAAAGAGGGACAAAUCCUAAAGGUGUUUGGAGACGAAGACGCCAAAGGAUUUUAUAGAGGCGAAUGCGAAGAAAAACAAGGGUAUAUUCCUUGCCAUAUGGUAUCCGAGAUUUACAUUGAAAGUAAGGAAGUGAAAGAACACCUGUUAAAGAAUAGUUACAUUACAGAGGAAAAUCUAUGAGCAGGUUAUCUCUUCUUGAUGGCAAAAUCCAUAAUAAAAGACUGAUUUGGAAGUGACGGCUUAAAAGAGAUCGCACUAUUUUUGUGAAAAUACCUUAUUUAGUAAAAUAUUUUGUGAUGUUUACCUAUCUUACGGUCCUCGGUGCCAACGCGUCUUUUAUUUUGUGCUAACAAACAAAAGCACUGCCCUUUUACAGCUGAGAAGGCGACGUCCAUGGCAGCAGAUCAAAUGGAUUUUGUUUCAAACGAGACAAAUAAAAUACAGUUUUGUAUGUAAA